AUGUUCAGGAUACAACUGAGAACUAUGUCCAGCAAAACAUGCAAGAGUGAUUACCCAAAGGAGUUUGUCAGUUUCUUAAAUAGCUCACACUCUCCUUACCAUACAGUUCAUAACAUCAAAAAGCAUCUGGUGUCAAAUGGCUUCAAAGAGUUGAGCGAACGUGACUCGUGGGCUGGCCACGUCGCACAAAAAGGAAAGUACUUUGUGACAAGAAAUGGCUCUUCCAUUAUUGCGUUUGCUGUUGGUGGAAAGUGGGAGCCUGGUAAUCCAAUUGCCAUUACGGGUGCUCACACCGACUCCCCCGCAUUAAGGAUUAAGCCUAUUUCUAAAAGAGUCAGUGAGAAGUAUUUACAAGUGGGCGUGGAAACUUAUGGUGGCGCUAUUUGGCAUUCAUGGUUUGAUAAGGAUUUGGGCGUUGCCGGAAGAGUUUUCGUAAAGGAUGCGAAAACUGGCAAAUCCAUUGCUAGAUUGGUGGAUUUGAAUAGACCUCUGUUAAAGAUUCCUACUUUGGCUAUUCAUCUGGACAGAGACGUAAAUCAAAAAUUCGAGUUUAAUAGAGAAACUCAACUGUUGCCGAUUGGUGGUCUGCAAGAAGACAAAACUGAAGCGAAAACUGAAAAGGAAAUUAAUAACGGUGAGUUUACCUCCAUAAAAACGAUAGUACAGAGGCAUCACGCAGAACUUUUGGGGCUAAUAGCCAAAGAACUCGCCAUUGAUACAAUUGAAGACAUUGAAGACUUCGAAUUGAUCCUUUAUGAUCAUAAUGCAUCCACUCUAGGUGGGUUCAACGAUGAGUUUGUCUUCUCUGGUCGAUUGGAUAAUUUGACAUCUUGUUUCACAUCAAUGCACGGUUUAACGUUGGCGGCUGACACAGAAAUUGACCGAGAAUCAGGCAUUAGAUUGAUGGCAUGCUUUGAUCAUGAGGAGAUUGGCUCAUCCUCCGCCCAAGGGGCAGAUUCUAACUUCUUGCCUAAUAUAUUGGAAAGGUUGUCCAUCCUGAAGGGGGACGGUUCUGAUCAAACUAAACCUUUGUUUCACUCGGCAAUAUUGGAAACUUCCGCUAAGUCGUUUUUCCUUUCAUCUGAUGUUGCUCAUGCAGUUCAUCCAAACUAUGCAAACAAAUACGAAAGCCAACACAAACCCUUAUUGGGUGGUGGUCCCGUAAUCAAGAUUAACGCGAAUCAACGUUACAUGACCAAUUCACCAGGGUUGGUCUUGGUGAAAAGACUAGCAGAGGCUGCUAAAGUCCCUUUGCAAUUGUUUGUCGUAGCUAACGACUCACCAUGCGGUUCUACCAUCGGCCCCAUUUUGGCCUCAAAGACAGGUAUUAGAACUCUAGACUUGGGUAAUCCUGUGUUGAGUAUGCAUUCGAUUAGAGAGACCGGUGGCUCUGCAGACCUGGAGUUCCAAAUCAAGUUAUUUAAGGAAUUUUUUGAACGCUACACUUCCAUAGAAUCUGAAAUUGUUGUCUAA